UCUACGAGAGCCCGAGAGACUCCAGGAGGGUGGAUGGGUCCAGUCGACGACCGGGGGCUUUCCAGCGGGAACUUGUUUGUGAGGCUUAUCAUUAACAUGAUAAGGACCCGUAGGAGGGCCAUUUUGGGGCUCAAAGCUCCGAUUUUCCCGACAGCUCUCAACAGAGUGCUUCCAAGCUGGUAUCCGCGCGUGUUCGCAGCGAGAUAUCGUAUAAUCUUAAACAUAUUUUGAUCAGCGCGCACUAUCAAGUAACUAUGUUCGACCCCAGCAUUCACAACGCACGAGCAUGGCUGUCCACCAACGACAAGCACGGCGAGGCGCUCCAAUGGACCGACGGCCAGAAGCUGCGCGUUGCCCGCUGCCGCCUUGGCCAAGAGGCCUCAGUCUGGGAGAAUGGUGAGUCCGCCACGUACGGUGAGCCCCCUACGUGGGGAGCGUUCAAGCACAGUUUCAUUAGCCGGUUUGUCCCCCGUCUUGAGGAGCUGCAUGCCAGUCUUGCGAACUGCUUGCAAGAGCCGGGGGAGCGGGUGCAGGCGUAUGCCGACAGGUUCCGUCACCUGCUGGCCCUGCUGGGCAUCAACGGCAACAGCAACAAGCAAUACAUGUACCAGUUCAUGGGCGGUCUACGCAAGAAGCUGGCCGACGAGGUCUACCGGUCUCACCCGGACAACCUCCAGAACGCCAUUGAUAAAGCCAUCUACAUCAACCAGGGCCUGGGCCGCCUCAACCGUUCUGUGGACCGGGACGGGGACGAAGACCGGGAGCCCUUCAGGUUCAAGGACAGGUAUGACGGUAAGGCCCCGCCCGCCUCAGACGACUCCGAGAAGAGGCGGUACGGGCGUGGGGACAAGGGAGAUGACCGGGAGUGACAGCGAGGGCGGAGUGACAGCGAGGGGGGGAGGGGGGAUGGAGGGGGGCAUGUCUAUCAGUCUGCACGGCACGUUCGUGUGUCUGUACAAGGCAUGGGUAGCCUGUGGGGGCUUGUCAGGGCGGAUUGACAGCGAGGGGGGGAGGGGGGGGGAUGGAGGGGGGCAUGUCUACCAGUCUGCACGAGACAUGUGUGUGUGUGUGUGUGUGUGUGUGUGUGUGUGUGUGUGUGUGUGUGUGUGUGUGUGUGUUUACAAGGCAUGGGUAGCCUGUGGGGCAUGUGAGGGUGAAUUAGCAGCGAUGAGGGAGGGGGGAUGGAGGGGGGCAUGUCUACCAGCCUGCACGGCACGUUCGUGUGUCUGUACAAGGCAUGGGUAGCCUGUGGGGGACUGUGAGGGUGAAUUGGCAACGAGGAGGGGAGAAAGGGGUGGUGGGGGACAUGUCUAUCAGCCUGCACGGUACGUUCUUGUGUCUGUACAAGGCAUGGGUAGCCUGUGGGGGCUUGUCAGGGCGGAUUGACAGCGAGGGGGGGAGGGGGGAUGGAGGGGGGCAUGUCUAG